UGGGGAAUUGCAGGGGUGCUGCGGGCCGUGGUGGAGGCGGCGGCGCCCGGCGCGUCUGUGCUGUGCCUGUGCGAGAAGGGCGACGCCAUGAUCAUGGAAGAGACGGGCAAAAUCUUCAAGAAGGAAAAGGAAAUGAAGAAAGGAAUCGCCUUCCCCACGAGUAUAUCCGUAAAUAACUGUGUGUGUCACUUCUCCCCGCUCAAGAGCGACCAGGAUUACAUCCUCAAGGACGGGGAUUUGGUCAAAAUCGACCUGGGCGUGCACGUGGACGGCUUCAUCGCCAACGUGGCGCACAGCUUCGUGCUCGGCGCCUCCAAGGAAAAGCCCGUGUCCGGCCGCAAAGCCGACGUCAUCAAGGCAGCUCACCUGUGUGCCGAGGCCGCCCUGCGCCUGGUGAAACCCGGGAACCAGAACACACAAGUGACAGAGGCCUGGAAUAAAAUCGCCCACGCGUUCCACUGCACACCCAUUGAAGGUGAGGGGAAGGGGAAACGGAAUUCCAGGGAAAAGGAAUUCCAGGGAAGUGGGAAUGCUUUCUGGGGCUUCCUGGAGGCUUUUCCCUGCAGAAUUCCCAGAUUUUCCUGCCUCCCCAACCCCUUUUCCCCCAGGAAGGACCACGAAAAAGCCGAAUUCGAGGUGCACGAAGUCUACGCCGUGGACGUGCUCGUCAGCAGCGGCGAGGGGAAGGCCAAGGACGCGGGGCAGAGAACCACGAUCUACAAGCGGGACCCCUCCAAGCAGUACGGGCUGAAGAUGAAAACCUCGCGCGCCUUCUUCAGCGAGGUGGAGCGGCGCUUCGACACCAUGCCCUUCACCCUGCGGGCGCUGGAGGACGAGAAGAAGGCGCGCAUGGGCGUGGUGGAGUGCGCCAAGCACGAGCUGCUGCAGCCCUUCAACGUCCUCUACGAGAAGGAAGGCGAGUUCGUGGCCCAGUUCAAGUUCACGGUGCUGCUGAUGCCCAACGGCCCCAUGAGGAUCACGAGCGGCCCCUUCGAGGCCGAGCUCUACAAAUCCGACCUGGAGGUGCAGGACGGGGAGCUCAAGGCCCUUCUACAAAGCUCUGCCAGCCGGAAGACCCAGAAAAAGAAGAAAAAGAAGGCUUCCAAAAACGCUGAAAACGCCACCACGGGGGAGACAGCGGAGGAGAACGAGGCCGGCGACUGAGAGCCCUUGGAGUUCUCAAAUCGCCCCUUUUUCCCCCAAAAAAACCCCCCAGAAAAACAAAAUUCCAUCCGGAAACGAAAGAAUCUGGCACUGGUGUUGGUCCAGUCUGGAAUUCCCACAGAAUCCAACAGCUCCCGUUGACUUUGCCAAGGAGGGAGGAAUCUCUCGGUCACUUCAGACUUCCAAACGAAUAAAAAAGAAUAAAAACACCCCAGAAAGAGCAGCGAGAAAAAAAGAAUUUUAAUAAAAAUUAGGAGUGAAAGUCGCUAUUAAAUCCUUAAUAUUCCCCAUGUUUUGGAGAGGUGAAUCUGUGAAAUUUAGGGAGAGGGAGCGGAGGGAGCUGCUGAUUCUUUCCUCCUCCUCCUCCUCCUCCUCCUCCUGCCUUUUUUUUAUUUUUUAAUUUUUUCCCUUUGGAAAUUUUCACAAAAAAACCCAAAAACCAAGUGAUUCCACCCAGAAAAGUGCCCUGUGCGAGCAAUCCUGCAUUUUGUCUUUUCCCUCUCGGGAUUGUACUUUAAGAAUUGGGAAAAAAAACCCCAAAUUUUAAGUUCCCCCUACCCACCCACCCACCAGGAGCCUUUUCUGCCUCUGCCUUGAUUUAUGGGAUUUCAAAAAAAUCGCUAUUUUUUAACACAAAACUGGUUUUUAAAAUGAUCCAAACCUUCGGGAAGCCGCCGACAUUCCGGCCUUGCGGAGCUGAAUUCCCUAAAAACCCAGGUUUGGGUGUUUUUUAUCCUUCCCAAUAUCCCCGGGAGCACAUUCCACCUUUUCCCCGUGAGCCGGAGGAUAAUUUUUUUUUCACUUUUUCCCUCAGGAUUCUUUGCUAAUUUUGGGAGAAAAAAAAAAAAAUAUCCCACCAGAAUUCCUCAGGGGAGAAGUGAGGGAAGCGCUGAUCCGGGAUAGGCCCGAGCCUAGGGGUAUCGCUCUUUUAUAGUCAAUUUUUUACAAAAAAACCACAUAAAAACGAGAAAAAAAAGCCGAUUAAACGCCGUCAGUUGAAUGUUUGAGGUUUUUUUUUUCUUUGCCGGUACCCCUGGUUCUUUUUUUCCCUCACGUUUUUGGGAAUUCUGAUUCCCGCCUUACCCAACGUUCCCGGGCGAUCUCCGCAGGCCGCGGUGCUUCCUCGUCAAAAUCCGAGUUUUCCACCCCAAAAAAAACAAAAACUCCACUCGUGCAAACGUUACCAAAGUCAAAUAAAAGAGAAUAAACCAUGCGA